GUGCACGGUCAUUAAUCUCAUUCAACAGUUCACACUGCGAUACGGUGUUUGUGCGGUAGAACAAUGUAUCCGUGGAGUUCUCCGUCCUACAAUUCAUCGGGUGGUCUACGGAAGACCCAACAAAUGCCCCAGACUCCAGUCAAUUCGGCCAUGGAUGAACAGGAAAAGCUUCUCGGGGAUGCCAUUCAGACGGUACAGAGUCAAGCAUUCCAGAUGAAAUGUAACCUCGACAAGCAACGUCUCAUGGAUGCUCUAAAGUGCGCCUCGACGAUGCUAGGUGAACUCCGGACGUCAUUGCUCUCCCCAAAGAGCUACUAUGAACUCUACAUGGCAAUAACGGAUGAACUGCGACAUCUGGAGCUCUAUCUCUUUGAUGAAUUCCAAAAGGGGCGUCGUGUUCCGGAUCUCUAUGAGUUGGUACAGUACGCUGGCAAUAUUGUACCCCGGCUGUAUCUCCUUAUAAUUGUGGGCCUUGUCUAUAUUAAGACAAAUGCCUCACUGAAGCGUAGUAUCCUCAAGGAUUUGGUUGAGAUGUGCCGUGGUGUACAGAAUCCCCUGCGUGGCCUCUUCCUGCGCAACUACCUACUCCAGUGCACGCGAAACAUUCUCCCGGAUACACUGACAUCCACUGAGGAUAGCGAUGGCACAGUGUACGAUUCCAUAGACUUUGUCCUGAUGAAUUUUGCUGAAAUGAACAAACUCUGGGUACGUAUGCAGCAUCAGGGGCAUUCGAGUGAGAAGCAGAGGCGGGAGAAGGAACGUGAAGAAUUGAAGAUUCUCGUGGGGACGAAUCUUGUGCGGUUGUCACAGCUGGAGGCAGCUACAUUGGAUACGUAUCAGCGGCUAAUCCUUCCGGGAAUUCUAGAGCAGGUUGUGAGCUGUCGGGAUGCCAUUGCGCAGGAAUAUCUAAUGGAGUGCAUCAUUCAGGUGUUCCCGGAUGAAUUUCAUCUACAAACACUUGAUCCCUUCCUCAAGUCAUGCGCUCAACUACAGCCAGGCGUCAAUGUAAAGAACAUCAUAAUAUCCUUAAUUGAUCGCUUAGCGGCGUACAAUCAGCGCAAUGGGAAGGGUAUGGAGAGUGAAGGAGUCGCAACAGAAGGCGAUCUCACGGCUGAAGUUCAACUCUUUGAGGUGUUUAGCAUCCAAAUUGCGAACAUUGUGCAAGUUCGCACGGAUAUGCCGCUGGAGGAUACAGUUUCCCUCCAAGUGGCACUAAUAAGUCUCGCCCAGAAGGUCUAUGGUGAUCGCAUUGACUACGUGGAUAAAGUUCUUGAGACGACAAAUCACAUCCUCGAGCGUCUCAACAUGACAAGUAUCCCGCACACGUUGACGGUCAAUCAGGAGCUAUCACGUCUCUUAAGGAUGUGCGUGGACUUUUACAGUGUCCUCACAAUCCUACAGCUGAAGUUCUUUGCGCCACUUCUUGAGAAGUUUGACUACAACUCCCGAAAAUCUCUCGCCCUGUACAUUGUUCUCAACAUUCUGGACAAUGAGACACUCAUCCCGACGGCGGAACAGGCAGACAGUGUGCUCACUAUGUUGGGACCAUUGAUUACAGAUCAGGAAGAUCAACCUGCUACAAAACCCGAUGCGGAGGAUUUUGCCGAGGAACAGGGGAUUGUGGCGAGAUUUGUGCACCUCCUCAAGUCCGAUGAUCCAGAUACACAGUACAAAAUCCUCCAGACAGCCAGGAAGCAUUUUGGUCAAGGUGGGGCAUCCAGGAUAAAGCACGUUCUCCCACCUAUUGUCUUUCAGGCCUUCCAACUCGCUCACAAGUACAAGAGUAUCAGCGAUGAGGAUGAGAUGUGGGACAAAAAGUGCCAGAAGAUCCUUCAAUUCUGCCAUGGGACAAUCACAGUGCUGGCCAAGUCGGAAUUGCCCGAAUUGGCACUAAGGCUGUACCUUCAGGGAGCUCUCUGUGUUGGACAGAUUGGCUAUACGAAUCACGAAUCCGUGGCCUAUGACUUCAUGACGAGGGCAUUUUCGCUGUAUGAAGAUGAGAUUAGUGAUUCAAAGGCCCAAUUGGCCGCUAUAACGCUCAUAAUGGCCACAUAUGAGCAAAUGACGUGCUUCAGUGAAGAGAAUGCGGAGCCAUUGCGAACAAAUUGUGCCCUGGCGGCAUCGAAGCUUCUCAAGAAGCCCGAUCAGUGCCGUGCCGUUGUGACGUGCGCCAGUUUAUUCUGGAGCGGCAAGCAGAAUGGUGGGGAGAUGCACGAUGAAAAGAGGACGCUGGAGUGUCUGAAGAAGGGGGCACGGAUUGCAUCGCAGUGCCUAGAUCAGGGGGUUCAGGUGCAGCUGUACGUUGAACUCCUGAAUCACUACAUUUUCUACUUUGAGGCCGGCCAUUCGGGUAUUACGGUGCCCAUACUCAAUCAGCUCAUUGCAAAGAUCAACGAGGAGCUGCCGAAUUUGGAGCAAUCCGAGGAAACUAAGCAAAUUGAGGUGCACUACCAGAACACAAUGGCGCACAUCCGGAAUAAGUUGGAGAGUUCCGAAACAGGCCUGGAGGCGGCAUACGCGGGAAUUCAGCUGAACUAAUAGAUUCCAGAAUGUCUGUUGUGUUGUGUCUCGAACAAUGAGAUUGCGAAUCUUUCCCCAAGGUGUGUACAUAGUUGAUAAAAAAAAGAAAGGAAAGGAGAGAGAAAAUUGAGGAUAAUUUAUUUUGGAAAUAUGCUCCUGCUCAACACAGAAUAAAAUUCCCCACAACACCCUAAAUCCCAUUUUAAUAGUAUUUUUAUUAUUUAGUAAAAAAGAAAAUUACAAUUUAUUGAUCCCUCUAGAAAAAAAGAAGAAAAUACAGAAAACAGUUUUAUGUGGAGAUAUUUUUACAGAAAAUAGAAAGAGAGAGAAGAAAUUGUGCACGCAAAGCUUCUUUCCCAUUUCUCAGAGAGGCAAGAAAAAAAAAAUAAUAUGAACGAGUGAAUUACGAAUAUUGUGUAUAAAUGAGAGAAAAUAAAUAAAUAUAAAUUAUAUCCAUUAA